CCUCUAUAAUUCGACAGACAUCGAGAUUUAUAUAUAUUGUUAUAAAUAUCCCAACCAUUUAUAGAAAAGAAAAGAGUUGGUUGCUGAAUAGCCACAUUGUGAAUGUUUCUCGAUUAACGAGUUGUUUGUUUAAGCAUGGUAUACCAAUGUUUUCACUAGUGAAAUGGUCAUCUUUAUUUGCCUUUAAAUCUGUUUGAAAUGACCGAAGUUCAAAACGCCAGUUCCAAUUCAAAUUUCGAUGCUGAACAGCUUGUAAAUAACGUGUUCAACGGAGUUCCAUGGAUUGAUUAUGUCAUACGUUAUAGACAAGUCGAAGAGCCACUUUGGGUGACUGUUGGAGCUAAUAGGUUACACCAGAUCCAGUAUCUUCUGUCUUAUAAAUUGGACCCGUUAAAAAAAGAGCCUCCAACAAUUGAUGAUCUCAAGUAUAUUUAUUAUGAAGAAAACACUCUUCCUAGCAUGAGUGAAAUCGCUGAAUACCUUGAAUUUCUCCCAAAUAUUAGACUUGUUGAUUUUGGUAAUGUUACUCGUUGGGAUGUGUGGAUCAGUGAUGCUUUAAAAGCCAGACCAAGACUAUGUGCCUUACGUUUUAACAACGACCAAUGGCUUCGUUUGAUGACUAGUGAAAUGGCUGAUAAAACUUUUCACAACAUUCGUGCUCUAUCCUCGCCAAUCUUCGAUGCUUCUAAAUUAGUCCGUCACGCACAAAGUUUGGAACAACUAUUCGUCCCAGAUAAAUCAAGUCGAGAUUUGAUUGAUACAAUCUUGUCCAGAGCAACCAAAUUAAGACGAUUACAUCUCACUAUAGCUUUUGAUAACAUAGCUAAUGCUAGUUCUAAUUCAAGAACCAACGGAGGAAUUGAAAUGCUCGAAGUCUGUUUAACACAUAGUGAUUUUCAUUUCAAAGAUGUUGAAACAUUUUUAAAUAGAUUCCGUCGCCUCAAGAGUCUUUAUAUCCACAUAAGUGCACACAAAUUCGAAGGCUCUCCAAUCAAAACGCCAACACAGCUACAUUCUAGUUUAGAGCACCUGGUUAUAACUUUUUCAUCAUCGGUUAUCAUUCGUGAUUGGAUUGGUUUCGAAUUAUUCAUAACAAAAUGUAAGAAUCUGAGGAAUCUGGCUAUUCGUAAUUGCUGUAUUUUAACUCCUACCGACAUUGUUAGGAUUGUACAAAGUUUACCUAAACUGAAUCUAUUUGAUUGCCGUGGUUGCAGCCAAAUCAAACGACCAAUCAAUCAAAUCGUCGCCUCAUGUCCUGCUUUAAAAAACCGUGCAAAUAUAACUUACGUUCAAAAUGAUACUCAGUGUAAAAUUCCGAAACCAUCAGCCAUUCAAACAGGAUUCGAUUUCAUGAACAACAUAUUUUACCAAGAAUUUGCUAAUAUUCCUCAAUUUCUUCUGAAAAGAAAUUGAUUACUAGUGCUUUUUUGUUCACUAUAUUUAAACAGCUGUAUAUUCAUUCGAAUUUGCAAUACAAGACUUUAGUCUGCAACGCUACUCUCCCUCCAACAAAAUAUACUGAUAAUCAAACUGAUAUAAAUGUCAGUCGAUUUGAUCUGUAUGAGAUAUUUGUAAAGUUAUUUUCUAAAUCUCAAUUAAUAUUAAAUGUUCUCUUCAUGUUA